CGUGCCGCAGCCAAUCAGAGGAUUGUUUUUCCUGUCACGUCGGUGCACGGAUAGUAAGCUAACGGAUAUUGCAAACAUAAACUUAUAUAAAGAACACGGUCUCCUUCUAAAAGGUGGCGAGGCAGGGAAAGGUUUCCUGUUUGGACCGAGCAUUUCUUGUUGGACUUUUAUUCGUGCGAUGUGGUGCGGCUAUCGGCACGAGGACACAAUCAUUGGGUAACGUUAGCAAUAGCUUGCUAGUCGUGUUAACGUUCCGCAAGGCCGCGGGUAAAUAACUGCUUCCUGUUGUCGCUCCUUUGAGAAUGUAGGUUACGUUACGACCCGUGUUACGACAUCCCAGCGGUUGUCCGAGCAGCCAGAUCAGCGGUGUUAUCGAUUGCUGUUAAGUUCGUUUAAGUCGCGCUUGCAGGCUACCGAGCUUGUUCGCGAUUCGGCUAGCUAGCUAGCAUGAGUGAACUGACGGGCUGCAAACAGUCCGCUGACUCUGCGUCGAGGAAACGGUGUCCGUCGCCCGGCCGCGACGAAGACAGCGCGAUCCCCACCAAGUCCACGAAAGUAACUGACGCGCCGGAUGAAGCGGAGGUCACUUCGGAAAGUUGCAGAAACAGUGAAGCCGAGAGUAAAGAAAUAGCCGGGAGCGAGGGCCAAUCAAAAGAUAGUGAGGGAAAACCAGCUGCCGUGCGAGCGGAUCGGGGUUCAGACCGCACGGACGGCACCAGCGCACUGCCGGUGAGAAACUCCGGUGUCGACGGUCCCGAUGCCAGCAACGCGGAGAAGCCGCAGUCCUCGCGGGCGCACGGGUCUGCGGACGCAAAGGAAGAUGCAGCGAAGACGGCGGGAAUAAAGCCGCUUCCCUCGGCGUCCCUGGACCAGACCGACUCGGCAGCCAUCGCAGCAGCCGAAGCACUUGCCAGUCUCACCGGACGAGACGGGGAAGACAGUCGAGAGACUCCUUGUUCAUCUGAAAAGGCUAAACAGGUGAAGCCGGGCAGCAAAUUCAAACAACGUGGGAGCCACCACUCCUCAAGAACGGGCUCUAAAACGCAGGCGGCUGCUGCGGACAGCUCCACAUCUGUGCACAGCACCGACAGAGAAGAUGCAGAUGAGGUGCCCGAAGCGGAUGAAGGUGACGAGUCUAUAUCUGGAUCGACCUCCACGCCGAGCUCGUCCUUCCCUUCGGACAACGAGGACAAUGAUGACGGGGAGUGUGCCAUUGUGUCGGUCAAGAUGGCCCCGGAGAUGAGGCAGUCGGUGGCUCUCCUGGCGCAGGUACAGAUGAGACUGGAAGCCCUUGAGAAGAAAAGCGCCCGGCUCCACCAGCGGCUGGAGCUCAAGAUCAGUCGUCAGCGGCGUCCACAUCUGGAUCAGCGCAGCUCCAUCACAAAAACUAUCCCUGGCUUCUGGGUGACGGCUCUGUUGAACCAUCCUCAUCUCUCGGCGCACAUUGACGAGACUGAUGAAGACGCUCUUAGUUACAUGACUGAUCUCGAGAUCGAGUCCUUCAAGAAUAAUAAACUGGGCUACAGGAUCCGCUUCCACUUCAGACGGAACCCGUACUUCCAGAACAACAUCAUCAUGAAGGAGCUGCAUCUCGGGAUGGGAGGAUCUCCCAUGUCGUUCUCCAACCCCAUCCUUUGGCAGCGUGGGCAGAACCUGACGACCCAAAGCGAACCCAGGAAGUCGUCGCGCGGGGUCUACCAGACCUUUUUCAGCUGGUUCAGUGACCAUAGCAACCCAGGACAAGAUGAUGUAGCACAGAUCCUGAAGGACGACCUGUACAGAGACCCUCUGAGAUACUACCUGACUCCUCUGUGGGAACCGAGGGAGAACGGCAGUGGUGGCAGCGGGUCCAGAGCCGCCGACAACGGCAACGGAGAUGACUGUGUGGUGAUCUCCGACUCGGACGACGAGCCCGGUGAGGACGCCCCCGAGGCCGAACAAGGCCGCAGUAGGGAGGACGAAGUGGAGGAUGAUGAUGAAGAAGAAGAAGAGGAGGACGAUGAUGACGACGACGAAGAAGAAGAGGGGCAAGAGGCAGAGAAGGGACCAAGCGCUGAUGAGAGUCCAGAGGAGGAGGAUGAUGGUGGAGAAAUUGUGAUUGACGGCUCUGACGACAGCGAGCAGGAGGACGACGAGGCCUGAAAAAGAUGUGAAGAGGAAGAGGAGGAGUUUUACGUCGAUGAAGAAGGCAAGUCUUCAAGGGACCAGAGACCAGGAGGAAGAGGAGGAUGCCGAGGUUGAUGAACAGAACCAGAGCAAUGUCAUUUUUAUGCACAGAAUAUCAGUUUUUGUUUUUAUACCUAAAAUAAAUGGGAGCAUUUUAAAUCAGGGUUAGCUGUAAUAAUAAAGCCACGGCAGCACGGCGUCCCCUCUAUUUUA